CACGAACACACACACCAGCCCUUUUCUCAGGAAACCAGAUGAGACGUCCCAACACUUUUACUCCCCCACAUGAACGGAAUGUAACAUAAAUACCCGGCGUCCAAACCCGCUUGCAGUUCUUCUGUUUGCAGCUCGUCACUCACCAUGAAGAACAUUUCACAACUCUGUGCAACAGUCUUGCCAUGGCUGUUCCUACUGUUCAUUACCAGAGGGUUUUGUUACCAAAGAGUUCAUUGCCAGUGGGGACCUUUUGGCAGCUGGUCCGAGUGUGAUGGCUGCACCAACUUGCAGACCAGAAGCAGAGCCAUCGUGGUCUAUGCUCAGUUUGGCGGGAACCCCUGUUCCGGAGAACGGACUGAGACCAGGUCCUGUGUGACCACAAAAAGUUGCCCCCUGCAGGAUGGAUGUGGAGACAGGUUUCGCUGUCGAUCAGGGAAAUGCAUUAGCCAGUCUCUGGUGUGCAACGGGGAUCAGGACUGUGAGGAAGAUGGACUCGAUGAAAGGUUUUGUGGCCCUGAGCAGCACAUGGUAUGUUCAGAGACAGCUCCUCCACCUAACAUUGAACAUCUAGGAUUUGGGUUUGAUGUGGUGACGGGAAAGAGGAGAGGCAGUGUCAUCAAUACCAAGAGCUAUGGUGGCCAGUGUCGCCUCAUGUUUAGUGGUCUCCACAGGUUUCAGUAUCGACUGCCCCUGAGUAUUAUCAAGUACAGCACUUUGGUUACAGUAAAGAAUGACUUCAGUGAUGAGAUGUUCAGCAAUACAUGGGAAUUCACUAAGGAUAUCGUCAAGAGGGAGAAAGUGUCCGGGACAACAUCAGGAUUUCACAAUUAUGAUUAUCAUAAAGUAGAUUUCAAAAGUCAGACCCAAAGGGUUUUGAUUUUAAAGAAUGACAUAGAGGUAGCCCAGUUCCAGAGUAACUCUCCUCAAUACCUCCCAAUAUCUGAGGAGUUUUGGAAGGCUCUGACCAAACUCCCGUCAGUCUAUGACUACCCUGCCUACAGGAAGGUUUUGGAGAGGUUUGGGACACACUACCUGUCUGAAGGAAGUCUAGGCGGCGCCUUCAGAAUUGUUGACACACUGGAUGAAAAAACUGUGCGAUUUUUGGAGACGGAAAGGGAAGAAUAUGAUGAAUGUGAGAGGACUAAACGCUGGAUUCUAUUCUUCCCUCUUACCAUUGAGAAAUGUAGACGUGGUCAAAGCGGUGGAGGGACUUCAAGAGGAGAUAGGGUUGUCAGACCUGCGACAAACGUGGAUGUGGAUGGAGGAGCCGUGUCACUUAUCGCAGCACUGAAGAGAAUGCAGGCCAACGAUGUGGACAGCAACUGGAAAAUGUACUCAGACUGGGCUGAAUCUGUUGGGUCAUUUCCAGUGGUCAUAAAACAAAAGGUGCGACCGCUGUCAGAGCUGGUGAAGGAAGUGCAGUGUGCUGGGGUGAAAAAGCUCUACCUUCGCAGGGCCAUAGAGCAGUACCGCUCUGAGAGCGACCCCUGCCACUGUCAGCCCUGCAGUAACAAUGGCCUGGCUGUCAUGGAGGGAAAUCAAUGCAAAUGCAUCUGCAAGCCUAAUACGUCGGGACUGUCCUGUGAAACGGGAACAGAAGCGGAAGGUGUUCCGGGAGUGAUUCAUGGUAGCUGGUCCUGUUGGUCUUCCUGGUCGUUCUGCUCGGCGGGUCGAAGGUCACGAUCACGUUCCUGCUCCAAUCCACCCCCUCAGAAUGGGGGACAACACUGUUUUGGAGAUAGAACUGAGAGCUCUGACUGCGAAGAUCAAGAACUGGAAUAUUUGAGAACCUGGGAGCCUCAGUGCUUUGAUCAGACUCUCUCACCACCUCAGACGUGUAGAACCCCACCUGCUCUCAUCAAUGGCUACAUCUUGGACCCUAAGGAAAUUUACAUUGAGGGCAGCAAAGUUGAAUACACCUGCACUGAAGGUUACCAUCUCCUUGGUCAACCCCUGGUUUGCACUACAAACCGAACCUGGUCAAGCAGCCCCGGACUGUGUAAACUUUCGAAGUGCAGGAUUCGCUCUGUCUCGCCUGAUGUCACAGUCUCUCCCCUGAAACAGGUGUAUGACAUAGGGGAGUCAGUUACUUUGUCCUGUCCAGAGGGUAGACAGGUACUGGGAGAGUCAACGGUUAUUUGUGACCCCAGUCUGAAUUUUUCACCGAACCCUGCAACCAUCAGGUGCAGCGAAGUUACUACAAAACCACCGGAGAUUGCUCCUGCAGGGCAAUGUAAACUGUGGGAGAAGUCUGCCAGGGGGACAUGUGUUUGCAAAAUGCCAUUUGAGUGCAGUUCAUCUUUGGAGCUGUGCGGCUCUUCGCCUGCGACCGGCAAAUCGAUCUUUCUCAGUGUGUGCAAGAUGCACUCACUGCAGUGCAUAGGGAAAAACUAUGUGAUAGCUGAGGACGGCGCCUGCAAAUGGCCACAGCGCAACACCACGGGCUGCGUCGGCUGUCACAUGUGGGAGAUGUGUGACGAUCAAACCAGCGAGUGUCGCUGUAAGGAGUCUGCGGACUGCUCGACCCCCGGAUUGAACGUGUGCGUCCGCGUUGGGGAGGAUGAGACCGCGCUGACCAUGAGCGAGUGUGAAGCCGGACUUCGGCGAUGUAAAGGGGAAAAGGUGACGGUUGUCGGUAUCCUGCCCUGCACUGACUGAAGAGUCAAACAGAGGGCUGACUCACCGACUUCCCAUGUUCUUUUACUCAUUAAUCCUCUCUCUUUUGUAACCCAGUGUUGUUUUGAGUGCCAGUACUUGCCCUUAUGUUUUGCAUGUUUAAAAAAAAAAAAAAAAGAUUUAAAAUGUAUUAAAGAAUAAACACGAGAAUACCAGA